AUGCGUGAGAAGGGGCGUCGGCAGGCUGUGCGCGGCCCAGCGUUCAUGUUUAACGAGCGCGGCUCGAACCUGACGGCCGAGGAGGAGCGCUUCCUGGACGCGGCCGAGUACGGGAACAUCCCAGUGGUGCGGCGGACGCUCGACGACUCGCCCACGCUCAAUGUCAACUGCGUGGACUACAUGGGCCAGAAUGCACUGCAGCUGGCCGUGGGCAACGAGCACCUGGAGGUGACCGAGCUGCUGCUGAAGAAAGACAACCUGGCGCGGGUCGGGGAUGCCCUUCUCCUGGGCAUCAGCAAGGGCUACGUGCGCAUCGUGGAGGCCAUUUUGAACCACCCGUCCUUCCUCGCUGGAGAGAGGCUCACUCAGAGCCCCUGCCAGCUGCGAGACGACGACUUCUACUCGUACGACGAGGACGGCACGCGCUUCUCGCCCGACAUCACGCCUGUGAUCCUCGCUGCGCACUGCCAGCGCUACGAGGUGGUGCACAUGCUGCUCAGCCGUGGAGCACGGAUCGAGCGACCGCACGACUACUUCUGCAAGUGCAGCGACUGCACGGACAAACAGCGCAGAGACUCCUUCAGCCACUCCCGCUCGCGCAUCAACGCGUACCGCGGCCUGGCCAGCCCCGCCUACCUCUCCCUGUCCAGCGAAGACCCUGUCCUCACCGCCCUGGAGCUCAGCAACGAGCUCGCCAAACUCGCCAACAUCGAGAAGGAGUUCAAGAACGACUACCGCAAGCUGUCGAUGCAGUGUAAGGACUUUGUGGUGGGAGUGCUGGACCUGUGUCGGGACUCUGAGGAGGUGGAGGCCAUUUUGAAUGGAGAUGUGAGCGUGGAGCUGCAGCAGGGCCAUACCCACAGGGCCCUCCUUAGCCGCGUCAAGCUCGCCAUCAAGUACGAGGUCAAAAAGUUUGUCGCUCACCCAAACUGCCAGCAGCAGCUCCUGACCAUCUGGUAUGAGAACCUGCUGGGUCUGCGGGAGCAGGCUGUGAUGGUGAAGUGUCUGGUGGUGCUGGUGGUGGCUCUGGGGCUGCCCCUGCUGGCUGUGGGCUACUGGGUCGCCCCCUGCAGUAAGCUGGGGAGGAUCCUGCGGAGCCCCUUCAUGAAGUUUGUGGCCCACGCCGCCUCCUUCAUCAUCUUCCUCUGCCUCCUGGUGUUCAACGCCUCGGACCGCUUCGAGGGCAUCAACACCCUGCCCAAUGUGACGGUCACAGACUACCCCAUGCAGAUCUUCCGGGUCAAGACCACACGCUUCAGCUGGACAGAGAUCCUCAUCAUGGUGUGGGUCGCAGGGAUGAUGUGGUCAGAGUGUAAGGAGCUGUGGACAGAGGGCCCCAGGGAGUACAUGCUGCAGCUGUGGAACGUUCUGGACUUCGGGAUGCUCUCCAUCUUCAUCGCUGCCUUCACCGCACGCUUCCUGGCUUUCCUCCAGGCCACCAAGGCCCAGCGCUACGUGGACGAGAAGAUCCACGCCAGCGAACUCUCCCUGGUCACCCUCCCCCCAGACAUAGAGUAUUUCACCUAUGCGAGGGAUAAGUGGCUUCCCUCGGACCCCCAACUGAUCUCGGAGGGUCUGUACGCCAUCGCCGUGGUGCUGAGCUUCUUGCGCAUCGCCUACAUCCUGCCAGCCAACGAGAGCUUCGGCCCGCUGCAGAUCUCCUUGGGCCGAACCGUCAAGGACAUCUUCAAGUUCAUGGUGCUCUUCAUCAUGGUCUUCCUGGCCUUCAUGAUUGGCAUGUUCAUCCUGUACUCCUACUACCUGGGAGCCAAGGUCAACCCGGCCUUCACCACGGUUGAGGAGAGUUUUAAGACACUUUUCUGGUCGAUAUUCGGGCUGUCCGAAGUGUCCUCGGUGGUGCUGAAGUACGACCACAAGUUCAUCGAGAACAUCGGCUACGUGCUGUAUGGGAUUUAUAACGUCACAAUGGUGGUGGUGCUGCUGAACAUGCUCAUCGCCAUGAUCAACAGCUCCUACCAGGAGAUCGAGGACGACGCGGAUGUAGAGUGGAAGUUUGCUCGUUCCAAGCUGUGGCUGUCGUAUUUCGACAACGGGAAGACCCUGCCGCCCCCCUACAGCGUGGUCCCAAGCCCCAAAUCCUUCUUCCAAUGCCUGAGGAGCCUGGUCGGACUGCUCCGCUGCAGGAAGCCCAGGCUUCGGAAGGACCUGGAGCUCGGAACCGACAGCUCCAAGUCCAAGCAAAUAAUGAAGAGACUCAUCAAGCGCUAUGUACUGAAAGCACAGGUCGACAAAGAAAAUGAUGAAGUCAAUGAAGGGGAACUUAAGGAAAUCAAACAGGACAUAUCGAGCCUUCGCUAUGAACUCCUGGAGGACAAGUCGCAGGCCACAGAGGAGCUCUCACAGCUCAUACAGAAACUCGGGGACAAGCUGAGAGCUACAGCAACGCGUUGUCAAUAA